CAUAGCCGAGAGCGAUAGAAAGUUUAUUGACAAUGUGUCGUUCUAUAUCUGGGAUCGUUACAUAAUCUAUUUCAGGAUGUACAACUCGAUACUCAAUCAUGUGUCAUACAUCACAUUAAGAGCGGAGCUCAUACGUAUAACUUUUAUUCCAAUACAAGACACACCACAUGACAUAAUAUAUAAUCCUGAAUCCUUUAUUAGCAAAGCCAGUAUGACCGAUACAAUAAAAAUACAUG